AACUUAUGGGUAAUCGCUUCAUUUUAAUUAAGUGAAUCGAAGAAUAUUUUCGCCAAAUUUCAGUUCGGAUGUCUUAUGAAUCUAACCCUUUAUCUUACUGUUUUGGGCAAGUUGCCCAGACUAAAACUACUUUUUCUCUCCAAGUGUUUCUGUCUUUCAUGACAUUUUGAGGUCUUGUAUUUCUAAUUCGACAUCGCUAGAGAGUUGAUCAAUGUACCUCAUUCUGAGUCAUCCGAUAGCAGUGACCAGCAUAUCUUGUCCUCUGCCCUCGAAUGGAUUGAUAUAUUGGGGAUAUUUCCAGAAAGCUCUUUUUCGUUGGCUGUUAUUUCCAUGAUUUGUUGGUUCUCAACAAAUUAAACCUAAACUAAAAAACAAAAAACCUAACUAUUAAACGAAUACCAGCUAGAGUAAACAUCCCCUAAACUUUGGAACCAGUGGGAGCUGUCCAGGGUGGCUGAGAAGCAACCCGAUGGACUCACCCAUUCUAGGGUAGGGUCACUGUUCGUAGCUCGCUUUGUUCUUUCGCACAUCCUUUAGUUUUCUACCAACUUGCAGUGGGUGUGGUGAGGAGACCUGUUCCCGUAGCUGGAGUAAACCAGAUACUAAAAUGCCAUAAUCUGUCGGAGAAUUACAUUUUACAGCCAGCUGUUUUCGAGACUUUUAGUGAGUACAGUGCCUCUUAUAACGGCUCGCAACAUUGAUGUAACGUAUGAUGCUCGGAAGGGUUCCUGACUGUGCCAGCGCUUCAACCUUGCACCCGUAACCCGCAAUAAUGUUUUGAUGUUAAGGUUUUGACGUGUCUCGAAAGAACGCUUAGCUUUACCCGGGUUGCAAUAUUAUUGGAUUAUAUUUGUAAUUAAAGGAUCAUUCACAUCAGACACAGUCAUAUUUAUCAUCUUUUGAAGAUGAAAAGAAAAUGUUUGAAAGAAGAUAUUAACAUGUUUAUAUUAGUCUGUAGUGAAUUAAACUGAAAUGUUUCUUCUGAAAUGAGAUAAGCAAAAAUGUAUUCCUUAACAUUUUCUGCAAUAUCUCCAGAGAGUGAGUUUGCAAUCUAACUGGAAAUAUCUAUAAAUGUGUUUGCAGCAUCUUAAGAUAUUGACAAAGAUCAUAGUUGAUGGAAAUAUAGUAUUUGUAAGGAAUGAAACUAUAAAACUGGAGACUGGAAAUAUAACAAUAUACUGUCACGAGAAAAAUAUUUAUAAUGGAAAAAUGAAUUAAGAAAUUUAUAGGAGUGAUUUUUUUUGUUAUUCUGAGAUGUCGAAAGAGAUAAAAAUAUCAUACCCUUGUGAUAUCUGUGGUAAAUUAUUCUCUUGGAAAAGUAAUCUAACUACUCAUAAACGCAUUCACACAGGGGAGAAACCGUAUCAUUGUAACAUCUGUGGGAAAUCAUUUUCUGGGAGUAGUGACUUAACUACACACAUACGUAGUCAUACUGGAGAGAAAACCUAUCACUGUGAUAUCUGUGGCAAAUCAUUCUCUGAAAGUAGUAGUUUGACCAAGCACAAACGUAUUCAUACAGGAGAGAAACCUUAUCGCUGUGAUAUCUGUGGAAAACCAUUCUCUCAAAAUGAGCACUUAACUACACACAGACGUAUUCAUACAGGAGAGAAACCAUAUCAUUGUGAUACAUGUGGUAAAGCAUUCUCUGAAAAGGGAAUCUUGACUGAGCACAAACGCAUUCAUACUGGAGAGAGACCAUACAAUUGUGAUAUUUGUGGCAAAACAUUCUCUAAAAAUGGAAACUUAGCUAAGCAUGAACGUAUUCACACAGGAGAGAAGCCAUAUCGUUGUGAUAUCUGUGGUAAAUCAUUCUCUCAGAGUAGUGGCUUAAUUACACACAAACGUAUUCAUACUGGAGAGAAACCAUAUAAGUGCAAUGUCUGUGGUAAGGCAUUCUCUCAAAGCAGUGGCUUAACCAUACACGAACGUGUUCAUACAGGAGAGAAGCCAUAUCACUGUGGCGUCUGUGAUAGAUCAUUCUCUCAAAGUGGUGAGUUAACUACUCACAAGCUCAUCCAUACAGGAGAGAAGCCAUAUCACUGUGAUAUCUGUGGGAAAUCAUUCUUUCGUAAAUAUUACUUGAGCAAACACGUGGGUAUUCAUAUUGAGGUGUAACUGUAUUAAUAAUCCUUUAUAUUUUAGGCACAAGGCCUGAAAUUUUUGUUGAGCAGGGUACAGUUGAUUACAUCGAUCCUCAUGCUUAACUGGUACUUAUUUCAUCGACCCCGAAUGGAUGAAAGGCAAAAUUGAUCUUGGCAGAUUUUGAACUCAGAAUGUAAAGAUGGAGGAAAUGCCGCUAAGCAUCUCGUCUGGCAUGCUAACGAUUCUGUGAGCUUGCCAUCUUUGUAACUGUAUUAAUAUCAAUCUCAAAGUUUGGCACAAGACCAGCAGGUUUUGGAGGAAGGGGUAAAUCAAUUACAUUGACCCCCCCACCCCAGUGCUCAACUAGUACCGAACGGAUGAAAGGCAAAGUCGACCACGGAGGAAUCUGAACUGAAAAUGGGAAGACAGAUGAAAUGCCACUAAGAAUUUUACCUGGCAUGCUAAGGAUUCUGUCAGCUCACCACUUCUGCGACUGUAUUAAUACCAAAAAAUCAUUACAUCACAGCAAACCUCAUAAGACCAUUUUCUCUGAACAAACAGUCAUGGACUUAUGUGGCUAGUCAUUCUCUCAUAGUUCCAUGUUUGAGGCAACUGCUUUUUCUGAUGCGAACCAUUUUAAAUGCCUCUUAUGACAUGCAGGCUGUACCCUUUCUAUGCAAUUUAUCAGAGUUUAUUCUGUAAGAAAAAAAAUACUUUACAUAACCAUAAAUUUAUUCAUACUGAAGAGGGAACAGUCUAUAAUAAUAACUUUCCAACACUGUUUUAUAUAACCACAAUUAUAUUUGCAUUGCUGUGAUAACUUACCUCUGUAAUAAUUUAAUAAGAACUUUAUUUCAUUGUAUUCACAUCAUCAUCACCCUUUAACGUCCAUUUUUCAUGCUGGCAUGGGUUGGACGGUUUAACCAGAGCUGCACCAGGUUCCAGUCUGAUUCAGCUUGGUUUCUGUGGCCGGAUGCCCUUCUUAAUGCCAACCACUUUACAAUGUGUUCUGGGUGCUUCUAACGUGGCACCUGCAGGAUUACUUUUGUGUGGCGCUGGCACAAGUGCUUUUUAUGUGGCACCAGCACAGGGCUCUUGCAGACCAAUUCUCCUCACCGGGGGGAGCAACCUUAACACUUCUGCUGUAGAGGACAAGAAAACAGAUAUUAUUUGACAUUGUGGAUCUAUAAAGCUGAGAAAUGAUCUCAUAAAUCAAAGAUAACUUCACUGUGCUAUCUUUAUUUUGCUAAUAACAAUACAAACCACAAUGGAAACCUUUACAUCAUGCCUUGACAGGAUAUUUAUAUAUUUUGUUGUGUCCAAUUUAUACAUGUUAUUUAUAUUCUAGAUCUUAUAUACACUUCUUUCAUAAAUCUCAUAUAUAUAUUCUGGAAUAAAAUAUUAUGUCUAUCCCAUCA